AUGUCUUUUGCAAAUCUACCUCUUGAGGUUCAUUGCCAUAUCAUCUCAUACCUCCUUUGCAAUCGGGAUGUGGCUGCUCUGUCAAUCCAAUGUCGUGCCCUUCACUCUACAUGUGACAUGGCAGCACGCAAAAAAUAUCACCAAAUUGACAUCUCGGGGAGCGAGGAUGGUAUUGACCAAGCGUUCAAUUUCUUAAUGGAAAUCUUGAAGCAGCCUCAGCUGGCCCUUCAUGUGCGCCAUCUGAAGUAUCGCACACCAACAUCCUGGUCCUCUGGAUAUAAAGAUGCAGCGCCGAUGCGAGAGCUCAGCAGCGACGAGAUGGGUCUCAUCAAGAAAGCGGUGAAGAUUGGGGGCUUUGAAGGCCCCCAAGAAGAUCAAAUAGUCAAUAUGCUCAUGCAAAGAAUGGACAACGCGCUUCGCUCAUAUGGGGGAUACGAAGAACGAGAGAGGACUCAAAUGUUUAUCACUCAAGCCCUGGCUGCCAUCGUCAUUGCGGUAUCGCCGAACAUCGUAUCAAUGGUCACGACAAACCCCCGUUCAUACUACUCUGGCAUUGAACUUCCACUUGAUCAAAUUCUCCUUCGGGCUAACAAAAGCCCUGGAAGUACGCCAUAUCUCUGCAACCUCCGGAGUGUGUACAUGAUCAGCGAGACCAGUAGUACGUGGGAGGAUGGCCGUUUCUACAUCACUAUGGAUCUACAGGGCUUCAUCAGAUUGUUUGACAGACUGCCAUCCAUCGAAUCAGUCAGCACGGAUGUAAUGGAAGAGAGCGACUUGCCGGCUGAUACCCUUGAAAAAAGCUCCUCCGACAUAAGCAAACUCUCCAUCUGCCAUUCGUCAGUUUCGUCGGCUUAUCUAGCGCGCGUGAUAUGGUCGUGCAAGACCCUCAAAGAACUCCGUUACUCCAUUGGAGGGAGAUCAACCAAUGAUGGAGGACACCCUAUUGUCAACGCUAAAGCUCUGAUCAAAGCCAUGUGUUAUCACAAAAGAACCCUCGAGACCAUUGAAAUUGAUGCCGAAAAUGAUAUCCACGAUCUCGAUAGAGAUGACCCCGAAGAGGUAGAACGUGCGUUCGAUGAUUAUGGGAGCCCGUACGAAAACGGAAUCGGUGAGCAUAAUCGGGCCUUUAUGGAAGAAAUUUGGGAAAACAGCGGAUCCCUCAAGGACUUCGAGUCCUUGAAACGAUUGAGUCUGGGUGUGAAAUUCCUCGCAUACUUUGCAAAAGGCGUCAGCGCGCCCUCUGGAGAAAUGAGAAAAAGGGCAAUUGUGGCGGACUGUUUACCCAAUACUCUCGAGUACUUGUGUGUUCGGGGAUAUGAGAAGGGCGCAAGCGAAGAAGACGACGAGCAGAUGGAUGCGUUGAUGACUUUUUAUAAGUCAGGUCAGUCCUCAUUGAAAGAACUGCUGGGAAUCGAAGAGACCGUUCCCCAUGCCAGCUAUGUUGAUGAUCCAGAUGGAAACGGCCAUCUGCUGUGGCCCUUUGAUGAAGAUUCCGGUACUGAAGAUGAAGAAACCAGCGAUGAAGAAUGA